AGGCCACGCCUCCUCUCCGUUGCCCCCGGCAACAGCGGCCUAGUCAUUUCUGGGGGCGGCUUUGAAGCCUCGGCCUCUGGUGCUGGGCUCCCUCCCGACCUCUUCACUCCCCCACCCUGCAAAAUCUCUUUUUUUUAAUAUAAGCCCCCCUCCAAUCUUCCCUCAACCCUCCCAGGACAUCCCCGAACCCUGCCACGCGCGCCCGCCUGAUCUGGAUCUGGAGGUGUCCGAGCCCGGCGCAGGAAUCCGAACGACUCUCGUCUUCGCCAAUCCAGAGUCUCGUCUCGAUCGAUCCGGUCUCUUGGGCCUCGACCAAUCCGGAGCCUCGUCUCAAUCAAUCCAGAUCCUUGGCUCGACCAAUCCGGACUCUCGUCCCGGCCGACCCCGGACUCUCGUCUCAGUCGGUCCUCAGCCAAUCCGGGCUCUCGUCUCAGUCGGUCCUCAGCCAAUCCGGGCUCUCGUCUCAGUCGGUCCUCGGCCAAUCCGGGCUCUCGUCUCAAUCGGUCUUGACUCGACCAAUCUGGGCUCUCGUCCCUUGUCGGUCUUGACUCUUGCCUCGACCAAUCGGGCCUCUCGUCUCUUGUUGGUCUUGACCCUUGCCUUGACCAAUCUCUGGACUCCGGACUUAACCAAUCCUCAUCCUCAUCUCGAUCGAUCCAGACCGUCGUCUUACCCUAUCUGAGACAUUAGCUUCGACUGACCUCCACCCCCGUCCCCCCCCACACCCCCCACCCCCUGCAACCCCACCCCCACCAAUCAAACAGUUGCACCAACAAGAGCUUGGCUGGUUCCCACAGUCGUUUCAACCCGAGUCCUUACUACCCUCCCCUAACACACCCCCCAUCCGCCACCACGCCCCAUCCCGCGCCCCCCAAAACCCCGGUAGGAUGCCCCUGGAUGUGAAGUGGCCAUUCCCAAGCCGCCAGAGCUGGACCUGGACGCUCAGCAGCGCCAUGGUAACGGCUGUGGUGGGCAUCUACAGCCGCGUCUUGACCAAAUACAUGAACUACCUGACUGUCCACAACAAGGAGGUUCUGUAUGAGCUCAUCGAGAAACGACCUCAAGGGAAACCCCUCAUCACCGUCGCCAACCACCAGUCCUGCAUGGACGACCCACACAUCUGGGGCAUCUUGGAGCUAAAAUAUUUGAAGAACAUAAGGCGUAUGCGAUGGACCCCUGCAGCUGCUGAUAUCUGCUUCACCAAAGAGCUUCACUCGAAGUUUUUCAGCUUGGGAAAGUGUGUGCCUGUCAUUCGAGGCGACGGGGUGUACCAGAAAGGGAUGGACUUCCUCCUGGAGAAGUUGAACCAUGGGGACUGGAUCCACUUCUUCCCAGAAGGAAAGGUGAACAUGACCCAGGAGUUUGUGAGGCUGAAGUGGGGAAUUGGCAGACUAAUCUCGGAGUGUGCUCUCAAUCCAACAAUCCUGCCUCUCUGGCACGUAGGUAAGUCUUUCCUGCUCUUGCCCGGCUCCAAGCAAAAGUUGGCAGAAGCGUGGCUUGUCAGUGUCUGUCUGAUACCACCCCAUCCCCAAGGGAGGGGUGCCCUGAUAUAACUGCACCCACAACAGGUCAGCAGGGUCAGCACCGAGGGAGCGGGCGCUGUUGGAGGGUGAGGGAGCGGGCGCUGUCGGAGGGUCAGCUCCGAGGGAGCGGACGCUGUCAGAGGGUCA